AUGCCGCGCGGCUCGUGGACUACAACUUCCGGUGGGUUUAAGCGACCCGUGUCCGUACUCCAAUGCCCGCGCCGUAGUUCUCCCUCCCGCAAAACUACAACCCCCAGCAUGCCGCGCGGCUCGUGGACUACAACUUCCGGCGGGUUUAGGCCUCCUCGGCCGGCCGAACUCGAUCCCCAGCGCGCCGCGGAUGGACUUCCGGGAACCGAGACGUCGCGGAGCUUGACCAAGAAAAGACGCAACAACGGGCGCGCCAAGAAGGGCCGCGGCCAUGUGCAGCCCAUCCGCUGCACCAACUGUGCCCGCUGCGUGCCCAAGGACAAGGCCAUCAAGAAGUUUGUCAUCCGCAACAUCGUCGAGGCGGCCGCCGUGCGGGACAUCUCCGAGGCCAGCGUCUUCGACUCCUACGUGCUACCCAAGCUGUACGUGAAGCUGCACUACUGCGUCAGCUGCGCCAUCCACAGCAAGGUGGUGAGGAACCGCUCCCGCGAGGCUCGCAAAGACCGCACCCCACCGCCCCGCUUCCGCCCCGCGGGCGCUGCCCCCAGACCACCCCCGAAGCCCAUGUGAGGGGCUUAGCUCCACGCGGCCUUGCCCCUGCGCAAGUAAAUAAAGUUUCCGUGUUAGCCCG